GCCACACGGCUCCCCUGUUCGGCAAAGGUAGAAAGAACUAGGCUAGCAUUGUUCUCGCCUCCAAGCAAACCAUUCACCCACCACCUAACCGGGAGCACGCUUCUACGCUUCACUUAUGACAACCUCGUUCAAUUGAUUGUUGGAGAAGGAUCAGGACUGUGGGCCAUUGAUCGUCCUCGGCUUUCCGCUUUCCAAGAAUGGCCGUUGUCCUUACGGCGGAAGAGGACGGCCAUUUCUCGUCAGGAUUGCGCCGGUCCCAGUCGCAAGUCAAAAUAGCACCUGAACGUUCGGACUUCCGAACAUCUUCGUCAGCCUCGCGCCUCAGCGACCUUUUUUCCCAGGCCUCGAGGACAUACGCAGGGUCGCCCGGUUCGUCAACACUAACAUCUCCAUCUGUGACUCAUGUCGAAUCUGCCGAUGAGUUGUACUUGUCGACUCCAGUGUCGAACUCUUCUUUGGCAUCGGAUUGCGCUGAAGCUAAUCACACGGCAUUGAUGACAACGGAGGAUGUUAUUUUUCCCAACUAUGAUGACGGGGGCUACUUUGGCCGGCUUGGGCUGGAUAGCCUAGAGCCUCCCCCGAGCCCGCAGCCGGGUAACUCGGACGUUGCAUCGCCGCAUGAACAACAUGAAUGGGUCGCCGCGUCGAGGCCCGGGAGCCCGGACAUCUUGGAGAGAGCGGAGGACGACAUCUCAGUACGGGCGCAGCCAUCAAGACACGUGGAUUAUUUCUCACAUGACUGGAGGGAGGAGGAUAUCUGGUCAUCUUGGAAAUUCAUCGUGUCCAGGAGGGGAGACUACACAAACUCAGCUCGGUUGGAAAAUGCGUCGUGGCGGACAUGGAUGAAGGCCAGAAACAACCUGAGCACAGUUUCGGCUGAGACCCUAAAUUGGCUGAAAGACCACGAUGUGACAUGGCUCUAUGGGCCGUUACAGACUGGCACAUCAAGUGUGAAUGACACUUCGAGAAGCUCAAAUAGCACCAAGCUAUCCAAGUCAAGUUCAUUCAUUAACAAAAAGCCGAUUUUAAAGAAGAGAAGCAUGUCAGAAAUCAUGCUCCAAAGAUCUCUCUCCACAUCCUCGCUUGUGAAGCAAGCAGCUGCGGCGGUGCAGGCCCAGCAGCAGGGGAAUCUGAAGAGGAUAGGCAGACGACCAGGGCUCGAACGAGCGAAUACCGAUUACAUCACAUUUCCCUUCUCGUCACGGGGUGUGAGCCACGAUGGGACGAGCUUGUUCCCCUCGACUAGAUCCUCUGGGAUCAUUUCGCCGAGUGGCGGACGGAAGCACAUCCACUUCAACGAGCAGGUCUCGCAAUGCAUCGCAGUGGACAUCAAAGAGGACGACGAGGAAGAUGACACCGAGAUGAGCCGUUAUCAGGACGACAGCGACUCGGACGACGGUGCCAUCAUGAUGAAGCGGACGCAGCCCAAGAAGAGGCGGCCGAUCCUUAAGAAGACGCCAAGUCACAAUAAUGGUGGAGAGAGCAAGACGAUAGCGAUGCUGCCGUCCACUACCUUGAAAUAUAGGGAAGACACCCCCGAGCCUACGGAAUCGGCCAUGAAGCACAGCAGCCCCAGUCUGAGGAGCCCAGCGCUCUCUCCUUCGUCGUCUCAGGAAACGCUACGCCCUUCCAAGAAGUCCGGCAAGCUCUUCUUCGCCGGAGAUGAGGACGAUGACGACCACGACGAUAUGGACGACGGCAACAUCAGAAGCGGCAUGUACUCGUCACCCCACUACCGCGAUGGCGGUUCCGGACUGCGUCGGUCGGUAUCUACAGUCAGCCUAUCAGGCGAGCCCGCUGGGAUGCGUAGGACAUCGUCCGGGAUGUUCAUGCCGCUCGAGGAAGGGGAGCCUCCUGCUAACGGCGACGGCCUAAUCGGUCGCAUCAUUGAUACGGUAAAUACGGCCCGGGACAUUGCCCAUGUCAUCUGGAAUGUGGGCUGGAGGAGUUGACUGUUUUUGCGGCGCGAGUCCUUUUUUGUUAA